UCGUAGUUUCUACUAUCAGGAAUGGCAACCAUGAAACCAAACCCCCUCCUCCGGUUUUAAUCUGAACUCUGAGCAUUUCUGAGCUCCGCACUGCACGAGGAUCCUCUCAGUUUCAGAGGCUGGAGCUACAGAUACACUGGAUUAACUUUCAGAAACGAGUGGAAAUCAGAAUGACCAGCAAGACCAAGCUGCUUUACCAGCAUAACCAGAAAAAACACGCUGGUCAACCAGCAAGACCAAGCCAGUUGAUCAGCAUGUCCAAGGUGGUUGAACAGAAGGACUAUUAAGACCAAGCUUAUGGUCCAACUAAACUAGCAUGACCAAAAUCAAGUUUUCCCGAGUAAACCAUGGAAUCUGACACAACAGGAGGCCAGAGUCACCUCUUAAACUCCAUGCGGUCGUACUUGUGCAACCCAAAGAGAGCACAGCCUAUAAUAGGGCUUGAUUGUGUUAUCGAGUUGUACACAGACACUAAACCUCCAGUGUACAUCUGUGACGGCUGCGUUCUCAAAAUCAACAAGACGGACAUCAAAACUCACAUCAUGGGCAGCCUUCACAGAUACAACUAUAUUAGAUUGCAUCAUGUUUGUGGUUUGAGGGCUGAGGCAGAUCUGACAUCUCUGGCCUGGCACCUGAUGGAGUUGGCAAAAUAUGUAGAAAAGAAGGAGGGACCAGGAAAUGUACAGGUGCUGAAACUGGAUGAAGACCUUUACAUGGAGCUGAUAUCACAGCCUGUUCCGGAUGUUCUUGCUCAGGUAAAAGAGAUAAAGAAACAAGCACUCAACAAUAAAUUCCAAUCAACUGUUUACAACAAAGUCAGAAAAAAUGAUAAUUACAGUGCACCAAGUUCAGCUGCAGAAUGGUCCAGUCCUGAAAGAAGCAUAAUCCAGUCUAGAAGUCCGCCACCAUCCCAGAUCUUCCACCCAGAUCCGUCUGAAUACCCAGCUCCCACCAGAACUCCGAACCCAACCAAAGCAUUCAGCUCAGAAGCGACACUUCAAAUAGGGAGCCCUAGCAGUUCUCCAGAGCUCAGUGAUGUCAUGCAUAAAGAUGAAGUAAUAGAUGAGAGCAGAGACAUUGAUGCAUGUAGUGAAACUGAAUCACAUAUGUCUAACACAGUUCAAACUGCCAAACGCAAGCGUGUAGCCCAGUGUCAGAACAGUUCUCUAACCGUGACCAUUACCCAGCAAACAAACCAAGAAAACAUCAGCUCUGAGGAGAUUAGUCAGGAGGUGAAUAAUAUUUUGAAGCUGAUACGAUCUCAAGGAGUAACAGAAACAGAUCAGUACCAACAUGAAGAUGAUCCCAGCAUUACUAAAGCAUUCAGCAACUCAGACUGGGUGCUGACCAGUAGCAAUGGUGCUGAGCAGGAGGAAGAGCAACCAGUGAGGUCUUUCUCACCUGAAGACACUUAUUUCAGGUUUGAGAGCACUGGCCCUGAAUACCCAAUAAUGUCAAGUGAGUGUGAACAAGCCCAGGAUCACUCACAAACAUGGGAUGUCCAGCCACCAAACUUUUCUGAUGAGUCUCCAGAAAGUUACACUGGGACACAGCCUCUGAUUGGUCUACAGACCGUCAUCAAGUGCCAAAGUGUAGAUGGAGAUCCACCCCCCUGUUGUUACCUGUGCCAGCCAUGUUCUCUGAAGGUCUUAAGUAGUGACAUCAUCCAGCACCUGAUCAACCCUCAGCACUAUUUUAACUACAUUAAAGUUUACCAUGCCCCCCUCUUGGUGGGUAUUACUGGAGAACAAAGCCUACAGAUUAUUGCCAUCCAGCUGGAGAAAUAUGGAGGCAGAGGACAAAUGAAGGUGACGAGGUUGUCAGCGUGUCUCUUUAGUGAGGUACUGGAGAGAGAUUACCACUGGUGUAUGAAGAUGUUAAAUUGUGGGUCUACUAAGGUGAACAGGCAGGGUACUUUAAUGGAAAGUCCAUCAGGUCACAGUACCACAAAAAAACUGCCAGAUGGGUCUGCACAAAUCUCCCUAACCCACGGUGGCGAUGGACCUGUGCAUGAGCCCAGCAGAAAGCUUCUUGUCCAUCAGCAUAAAUCAAAGAAGAACAAAGCUAGACGUAAGAAUGUUGGGCAUAUGAAUCCAGUGUUUAAGGUAAGCUUGUCGCUGAAGGAAGGACCUGUUGUGGUGGACAGAACGUCCCUCAUAACUGCAACAACAGUGGCUCCUGAAAUUGAACAUCAGGACCUUGAGGAUGUGUAUCUUGAGAAUGUUUCAGAUUCUGUGGCGGAGUACAUGACCUCAGAAAACCACAUACUCCCUGAAGAAUACGAAAACACAGAACAGAACCUUGAAACAUUUUCCAACACCGAAUCAUCCAACAAUAAACACCCUUAUCCAGAACAACCAGACCCACAAACGCUGACCGUGGCAGAAAUGGGUUCACACUCAUACAGAUAUAUGAACCAGAGUCAGUUUCUGCAGCCGGUACAGUACACAGAACCAUUUGUUUCAGGAAAUAUGAACAACCAUCCAGGGCCUGAGACUUAUUUUGGACCUGUGUACAAUAAUACGUUUGUGAAAGACGCUGCAUGGCCUACCACUUCUGAUGGAUGUCCAGCAACACACAGUGUCAGUGACUGGGUCAGAGAGAGACAACCACAACCAUACCAAGACAAUGCGUGUAACUGGCCGAUGGAAAGAGGGCCGUUCAUACCAUCAUAUGCCAGUAACUGGCACAGGGAUGAUCCCAUGUUUGUUCAGUCAGAAAGGACACAAGCAAUGUAUGCCAAUCAAGUCCCUCAUCAGAUGCUUGGAGAAAGGACUGGUGAGAUGGUUCAUUUCCCCAUGCAUACCUACCCUGCAGAGGUUGGGGCUUAUGGCCCUUAUUACCCCAGAAUGUGAAUGAAGGCUGGAGAGGUCAAAUUUAAUUAGUUAUUCAAAUCAGUAUCACUGAAGUCUGUUUUGAAUAAUCUUGGGACUUCCUUAAAAACUGCAAACUAAUACCCCCUUAACUAUUAAACAGUAAUCUUCUAAAUUGUGUAUUCUCUGUGAUUAGCUGUACCUAGAUACAGAUAUAAGUAGACCCAUGUGAGUCUAAUCUAUGCACACAAAGGCAAUCUGUAUUUGAUAUUUGUUAGAUAUACGAUAAAUGGGAUAUCAGCAUGCAGAUUGUUGCAUUGUGUUGGGGAAAUUGUAUGUGAAACACUGACCAGCCAAACAUUGUCACCACCUGCAUAAUAUUAAGUAGGACCUUAAAUGGGUAUUUGGACGAUAUAUUGCAACAAAUGAUGAAAAUUGUUUUUCUCUCAAAUUUGAAAGGCCAAGUACCCCAUAACUAGCAUUGCUCUGAACAUAAGGAGUGUGAAAGCUAGCACAUGCCUCUUCCAGUACAUGUAAAGCAAUCCACUGCCUCUUUUGGGACGGUCUCUAGUGUAGCAUUACUGGGUAGUGCUACAACCUAGUGCCGGUUCCUCAGAUAACAGAUGUGUGUGCCGUAAAUAUAUCCCAUACCUUGACAGAUGCAAUUGUAGAUAAAGGUAAUCAGUGUUUUUCACUUCAUUUGAGUGGUGCUAAGGUUAUGGCUGAUUGGUGUGUUGCUUUAUUGUAAACUUUAUUGUAAAACUAGGCUGUGUUUGAAGGGUAAGAAAUGCUGCCUAUUCAGUCAGUAUUCUGCAGCAAAAAAGGCACCUAAACAUAUCUAAAUUGAUGUUUAGUAAUCUAGCCUUAUUUUAGUUAAGUGAAAUUGCUAAUAGUUAACGACAACCCACCUCUAUGGUCAACACCUUGUCUACAUCAUGAUUAGACCUUAAACCUUAAUCACCACACUGCCUACUGAGUGAGGCAGAGUGGGCAGUGGGCAGCAAAGCCUCAUGGCAACAUUUCUUGUGUUUCAGACACAGCCCUAAUUAAACAGAAUAAGCCUUACAUUAAUUAUGUUGAGUGCAACAGGUGAUGAAUGAGUGGCUAUAAGCUACGCACUCUGAAUCACAUGCAUUAUACAAACACUCAGCUGAAGAUAAUGAUGAAUCUGUUAAUCACUAUAUGUUUCUGCUCCCUUGUGAUGUCAGAAUCCUCUUUUCUCAUUUUAUUAAACUUGUUAAACAUUAUUGUGAAAUAGUAUUGGUUUUUUUCCUGUGAAGAUUUAUAAUCAGAAAGUUCCAGUUCCAGGUACAGCUCUGUGAUUGUAUGUAAGCACAACUCAUUUGCUUGACCAUAUUACUAGUACCAACUACCAGCAUACACUGUCUGAUUUAGUAUUUGUAAAUCUGAUUUAAUCAAGCAGAAAGCAGUGUAACAAAGACAAUUGUGCCUUUAAUAAACAUUUAGUUUAUAUAAAACCA